CUCCCCGGCCGGGCAGCCCCGGGGCGGGCGGGGCGCUGGGCGGGCGCAGCCCCGCGCAGGGCCGGGAGCGGCGGCGGCUCCGAGCCCGCCCGGGCCGGGCAGCGCCGGGACUUCUCCCGGGCUCGUCUGUGCCGAUCUUCUGGAUUUGGCUGCUGACUCGAGCUGACAGAUAAUGGAAACAUUUCCUUGGCGAUGUCUCUGGGGCGACUCCUCCGACGUGCCUCCUCCAAAGCCUCUGACCUCCUGACCCUGAAUCCCGGUGGCGGCGGCAGCUCAUCCUCUGUGCUGGAUGGGGAGAUUAUCUACUCCAAGAACAAUGUCUGUGUCCACCCCCCUGAGCUGCUGCAAGGCGUCGGGGAGCACCAUCCAGGCUAUCUGUGCUUGUACAUGGAGAAGGACGAGCUCCUGGGGACCACGCUGAUCCUGGCCUGGGUGCCCAACUCCCGCAUCCAGAGGCAGGAUGAGGAAGCCCUGCGCUACAUCACCCCCGAGAGCUCCCCCGUGCGCAAAGCCCCGCGCAAACGCGGCCGCCACGCUCAGGGCCUGGGCCUCGCCUCGCCCCCGGAGCACAGGGGGGCCCUGACCCUCAGGGCAGACGAGCUCCUGGUGUCCCAGCCCGGCAGAGAUGGGCCCUACACCAGCCCCCCCUGCUCAGAGGGGGAGAGGCUGUCGCAGGGCCGGUCCCCACAGCCCCCCCGCAGCGACUCAGGGAUCCUGUGCACCCUCAGCUCCCAGGAGGAGCACAACAGGUCGGAGCUGUCGGCGGAGGGUGCGGAGGAAGGGCUGGACUGCCGCGAGGACGAGGGCUCCUUGGAGCUGUCUGCUGAGGACGUGAGCAGGGACAGUACUUUUGACUCUGAUUCUGAUGCCUUCUCCUCCCCCUUCUGCCUCUCUCCCAUCAGUGAAGCCCUUGGGAAAAGCAGCAGUUCCGUGUUUCUGGACAGUGAAAGCAGGGACACGUGUGACAAUCGCAUGACCUGCUCCACCAGCUCUGCCUCCAGCCUCGACACCAGUGCCCAGUUCCAGGAGAACAAUGGGCAAACACAGAGCACCAGAUGGGAUGAACAGCAGAAAGUAUUUGCCCUCGAGCAGGUCUGUGGUGUCUUCAGAGUGGACCUGGGACAAAUGAGAUCCCUUCGUCUCUUCUUCAGUGACGAGGCGUGCACCUGUGGGCAGCUGGUGGUUGCAAGCAGGGAGAGCCAGUACAAGAUCUUCCAUUUUCACCACGGUGGCCUGGAUAAACUCUCCGAGGUGUUUCAGCAGUGGAAGUACUGCACAGAGACCCAUCUCAAGGACCAGCAGCUCGCUGAUGAGAAAACCUGUAUGCAGUUCUCCAUCCGCCGGCCCAAGCUGCCCUCCUCGGAAACCCACCCCGAGGAGAACACGUACAGGCGCCUCGACGUGUCUGCCUGGCUCCAUCACCUCAACGAAUCCGGACAGGUGGAAGAGGAGUACAAGCUGCAGAAGGCCAUUUUCUUUGGUGGGAUUGAUAUUUCCAUCCGUGGGGAGGUGUGGCCCUUUCUGCUGCACUACUACAGCUACGAGUCCACUUCUGAAGAGAGGGAGGCACUGAGGCUGCAGAAGAGGAAAGAAUACUUUGAGAUCCAGGAGAAAAGGCUGUCCAUGACUCCGGAUGAACAGAAGGAUUUCUGGCGUCAGGUGCAGUUCACGGUGGACAAGGAUGUUGUGAGGACUGACCGCAGCAACCAGUUCUUCCGAGGGGAGGACAACCCCAAUGUGGAAACCAUGAGGAGGAUCUUGCUGAACUAUGCAGUAUUUAACCCAGCCACUGGAUACUCCCAGGGCAUGUCCGACCUGGUUGCUCCACUCCUGGCAGAGAUCCUGGAUGAGUCGGAUACUUUCUGGUGCUUUGUUGGAUUGAUGCAGAACACGAUCUUCAUCAGCUCCCCCCGGGAUGAGGACAUGGAGAAGCAGCUGCUGUACCUGCGCGAGCUGCUGCGGCUCAUGCACCCCCGCUUCUACCAGCACCUCUGUGCCCUGGGAGAGGAUGGCCUGCAGAUGCUCUUCUGCCACCGCUGGAUCCUGCUCUGUUUCAAGCGGGAGUUCCCGGAGGCCGAGGCCCUGCGCAUGUGGGAGGCCUGCUGGGCUCACUACCAGACAGACUAUUUCCACCUCUUUAUCUGCGUGGCCAUCGUGGUGAUUUACGGGGAUGAUGUCAUUGAACAACAGCUGGCCACUGACCAGAUGCUGCUGCAUUUCAGCAACCUGGCCAUGCACAUGAACGGGGAGCUCGUACUCAGGAAGGCCAGGAGUCUGCUCUAUCAGUUCCACCUGCUCCCCCGCAUCCCCUGCAGCCUGCACGACCUGUGCAAGCUGUGUGGGACAGGGAUGUGGGACAGCGGCUUCAUCCCCGCCGUGGAGUGCUCCGGCCAUCACCCCGAGUCCGAGAGCUGCCCCUACGGAGGGCUGGUGGAAGUGUCUUCUCCUAGACCAGGAAGUGAAGGCAAGAAAGGCCUGAAAACACGGGAUGUCUUUGCCUUCCGAAAAUAGCUGAGAGGAACAGGGUGUGACGGCGGAAGGGACGGGCAGGAAGGAUGUGCAUAGGAAAAAAUGUUGAAGAUGAAAAUGGAGGAAUAGCUUGUCAAGAUUCCUGAGAAGACUGAAAGGUGGGGAAUGGAAGAGGAAUUAAAUUGCUCUACAGGGGAAGCAAGUUCCAGUGCAUGGAUGGUGGAACCUGAGCAAAAGGCAUCGACCCAGGAACUGUGUUGACACGUUUGCAUUUGGUUUUGUUAGAAACAAGCUUUUCUAGGUCUUAUCAAGGACUUUUUAUUCUGCCUCUGGGACUGGACUGGUUAUCAACCAGAACUUUCUUACUUGCUGAUGAGAAAGGAGAGCCCUGCAGAGAGCCAAGUGCACAGGCAGCGUUGGUGGGGCCGGGGCAGGAGCAGAGCUGGGCGAGGCACCCGGAGCUCACCGUGCACCCUCCGCUUCAACCAGCACGUGCAACACGGGGCUGCUCUCUAAAGCCAUAGAGACCAUUUUAAUUAUCAUCUGCCAAAAAUAAAUCUGCAGACCAUUGGGAUUGCAGGGAAGGUGUCUGCUUUGUCGGCAAGGAAGGACUGGUCAGCUCAAGGUCUUGCCUCUGGCCUUUUCUAUCGGAUAUUCUGGCUGGUGUGAUAUUUUUUUUUCCAUUUGUACAGAAAUUGUACAGCCCCAGGUCUCACAGCACUGCUGCUCUGAGCUGGGGUAUUUCACAGACACCGUCCAAAGUUUCUUCUUCACGAGGUAGAAAUUCUCCCCUGUGAGGGUGGGGAGGCCCUGGCACUGUUGCCCAGAGAAGCUGUGGUUGCCCCAUCCCUGGAAGUGUCCAAGGCCAGGUUGGACAGGGCUUGGAGCAACCUGGGCUAGUGGGAGGUGUCCCUGCCCAUGGCAGGGGGUGGGACUGGAUGAGCUUUAAGGUCCCUUCCAAACCAAAAAAUUGUGUGAUUUUCUGAUUCUAUGACGUUACAGCAAAGCUGUUCCUUUAUGCUGACAACUACAGACUUCAGACACUUUAGUCUGUUGUUUCCAGUAUGUUUCCCAUUGUGUUUCCCUUGGCUCUCCUCAAUUACUGAAUAGUUACUGUCCUUGCCUGUCACUGCCACAGGCUGUGGCACAUCCCCUCCACUGUGGGCUUUAGGCUGUUCAGUUGGUGCCAGUGGUGCACCCUGUUCCCCAUCCCAAAGUGAAAACAAAACUUGCCUUGUUGCAACCGUUUUUGCUGAGCUCUGUCUGGUGAAGGUUUCCCUUGGGGUAUUUUUGAAAGGACAGUGUGUUUCUCCUCUUGUCUGCUAUAAAAUUUGCCAACCAGAAGUGGAGCUGGGGCUUUGAGCCCUGUUGCCAAAGGUCCUUACCAAAUUCAGUGGCCUCCAAAGGUGUGUCCUGAGCCAGUGUUUGUGCCAAACAGAGCCAGGGGAACAGUUGCCUUGUAAGAAUGGAAAAGGAGAUGAGGUGACAGCAGUGUUGGGGGUCUGCAGCCUUUCCUGGCUGUCCUGCUCCCUCUCACUUCCUCCACACUGCUUCCCACACAGCUGUCCUGGGCAGGCUGGGUGAGGCUGUGCUCACUUCCAGCUCUGCCUCUCAGGCACGUUUGUACCCUCAGCACUUGUGGAACCCCCUUGUCCUCGUGCAGUGCUGGGGGGGUUCCUGCACCUGACAAGCACAUUUCUCCCAAAAUCCUUCUGCAAGGCCUUACCCACAUGCCCCAUUCCUGCUGGGAAGUGAGGCUGGAGCUGGGAUGCUCCGUGUGGAGCCAGCACAAGCCAAGGGCACGCUGUGUUCCUGAGGGGAAGGAGCCUUGCCCCACUGCAGGCACCACACUGAGGGCUGGCUGUUGCGUGGCAGAAGGACAGUUUGGCUCCCACUUUGUGUGCCUUUAAUUCAGAGGAUGAAAACCUUCCCCUGGAUGAGAGCAAUGGGGAAACCCACUGCAGGAUGGCACGGCUCCGAAGUGAGCUGGGCUUUGGCAGGUGACACCUCCUGUAAGGGCUGAGGCUGCUUUGCUCUGGGGCAGGGAGUUCGUCGAGAUUUAUGAUGUUUCAGUGAAUAAUAAAGUUUGUGUGAGGCCUC